AUGGAGCAAGCAGAUACUCAAAUAAUGUCGAAUACCGAAAAGGCAUCGGAAGUGGUGUCCGAUCUGGUGCAAGCACAGCAAGGUACGGCAGAAACGAACUCACACCAAGACAAUGCGGACCAAGUGGAUGAUGUCAUUGAUGAAAAUACUCGUUUGACCAUUGGUAAAGAGUCACCACUUUCGGAAAUCGCAACUUCGCCAACUCCGUUUGAAUUGGGUUUGCCAGAAUCAGAUUUGGAUUUGAACUCGGCUUUUUUGAAUAAUAAGAAUGUCGAGGCCAACCCCACUGAGGCCAACAGUGGAAACAAAGAUAUCAUAAACGAACAAAAUGGCCUGAAUGGGGAAAAGAAGACGUCAUGGGGUACAUUGCAAGAAGAAUCAUCGCAAAAAAAUAACGGUGAUAAUUUCCACUUGAGUAAUAUUUCCCGUCAAAGAAAAGACAGCUAUGAAAGUUCCGAACUAAGCGACUUGGGUGAUGAUGAGUCUGAGGCAGAAACUGACAAAAUGGAUUUCUUGGAUGACCGAGACGGAGAAAGCCUAACUAAGCCAACCGACUUGCAAACGUUGUCGGAAUUGACAGAGUUGGCAAGAAUGGAGGAAAUUGACGGAGAAUCGGAUGAAGAGCUUACAAAGAUUUCAGAAGUGCCAAACAAUAAGAGCUAUGCUAAUGAUAAAGCUCAAAAGGGUGAAGACAAUAGUGUGUCAAUCACUCGUAAGCGAACGGCAACCCCUUCAAAUGAGGUAUCUGAUUCUAAGAAUGUAAAGAAAAUAAAAACAGAGUCAGGAUCAUAUGAAGGUGACAUUGAGAAAGACACAGAGGAAACUCCAAAAGAGGAUGGUGAGGGUGUACAUGACGACAUAUCGGGUCAUGCCAAACAGAACAACAAGGACCAGCUGGGCACAGAUCACAGCGACGGUACAAGUGGACAAGCGGAAGCAGUCAAAAUAAUCCAAGAAGAUGAAGAUAACGAAGCAGAAGCAGAAGAUGAAGGUGAAGGUGAAGGUGAAGGUGAAGGCGAAGGUGUUGAUGUUGAUGUUGAUGUUGAUGAAGACGUAAGGAAUUGGACUUCAAAACGAAAACAAGAUCACAAGAAUAACAAUACUGAAGGCGAUGCAGCUGAAAGCGAUGCCCAAGAAGCGAUAGAAAAGAAUACCGAAGAAGCAGUAGCAGAAGAGAAUGACACUGACAUCAAGGAGCAAAGGGAACUAGCGAUACAGGGGUUGGUGGCCAUUGAAAAGUGUUUUGCCGAAGUUCGUGAUAAGCUAUAUGACGAUAAGCUAUCCUUGCUUGAAAAGGAACUACAGUUGUGUUUGGAUGGGUCACAUCCCGAAUUAUCGAAAAUUUAUCAAAAAAUCAAUGGAUUUUAUCAGGAUAGUUUAAAUUUGGCCAACGCAAACUUAACUUAUAGGCUAAAAUGUAUUGAUAGAGAAACUGUGGCUACGCGCACAUCAAUUCACCAAAACUAUCUUCGAAACAUCAUGGACACAAAGAAUGCAAUGAUAACAGAGACAACGUCAAUGUGGUACAAGAUCAACAAGGAAAGAAAUCAAUUGGACCAAAUCGUUCCCGAUUUCAACUUUUCGGCAAUACCGCCGUCUAUUUUGGCACAGGAAGAAUCGGCGAUUUUGACACCUGGUAAUGUAGUUGACGCCAUGGGAACGGUGGCACCAAAGAUGAAGAAAGCGAUCAGGCAAAGUGCAAUUGUUGAGUUGGUUCAACAACGAAAUAAUUUGAACGAACAGUUGGGAAUAUUGAAUGGAUUAGUGAAAUUCCAUGGGUUCCCCUCUGCGAUAACUUCGUCCAUUAGUCAGGAGGAUGUAGCGACUCAGGAGUUGCUUUUGAGGAAAGCUAGCGAAGAAGAGAUAAAUGAGGACCUCAGGGCGAUGGGUGUACGGACAUAG